AUGGAAUGGUUGGUUGGUUGUCAUCCGCAGAAUUUCAAGCGCGAGGGACAGUCGACAUUGAGGAACGAUUAAGUUAAUUUAGCUGACAUUAACAAAGGUGUUUUCAUACAAGUAAAGAAAAACACCCAGCGGAAUUCAACGGCAGUAUUGCUGAAGUUUCUGGGGGAGCUGGAUGGCCUCGGUGGUGACUGUGAAGACGGAAAAGCGUCCUGCCCAAGAUCACCUUGACUCAAAUGGCAAAAAGCCCAGGAAAUUGCUGCCCAGCCUGAAGAACAAGCGGGCCCAGGAGCUGGUGCUCGUUAUUGGGACAGGGAUAAGCUCGGCCGUGGCACCCCAGGUGCCGGCUCUGCGCUCCUGGAAGGGUCUAAUCCAAGCCUUGCUUGAUGCGGCCAAUGACUUCGACCUCCUGGAGGAGGAGGAGAGUCGGCGCUUCCAGAAAAGCCUGCAGGAAGACAAGAACCUGGUGCACGUGGCCCAUGACCUCAUCCAGAAGCUCUCACCUCGUACGGACAAUGUCCGCUCCACCUUUUUCAAGGACUGCCUGUACGAGGUGUUUGAUGACCUGGAGUGCAAGAUGGACCAUGCUGGGAAGCACCUGCUGCGCUCCGUCCUGCAGCUGAUGGAGAGUGGCGCUUUAGUCCUCACCACCAACUUCGACAACCUGCUGGAGAUCUAUGCCACCCACCAGGGCACCAAGCUGGAGUCACUGGAUCUUACUGAUGAGAAGAAGGUGCUGGAGUGGGCCCAGGAGAAAAGGAACCUGAGUGUAUUGCACAUCCAUGGCGUCUACACCAAUCCCAGUGGCAUCGUAUUGCACCCUGCCGGCUACCAGAACGUUCUGAGGAACACAGAGGUCAUGAGUGAAAUUCAGAAGCUGUAUGAGACAAAGUCCUUCGUGUUCCUGGGCUGUGGACGCACGGUGGAGGACACCACCUUCCAGGCACUGUUCCUGGAGGCAGUCAAGCACAAGUCCGACCUAGAGCACUUCAUGCUUGUGCGGCGUGAGGACGUGGGCGAGUUCAAGAAACUGCGCGACAACAUGCUGGACAAAGGCAUAAAGGUGAUCUCAUAUGGCAAUGAGUACGCUGACCUGCCCGAGUACUUUGAGCGGCUAGCCAACGAGAUCUGCUUGCGCAACACGGUCAGUCACAGCUGUGGUGAAGUUUUCCCCAAUCAAGAAGCUGAUACAAACCAGAACGGCUUUGACUCAGAGAGGAGCCUGUCUCAAGACUGCCGUUCCUGAUGAGAGCACAAACAGGAGGGUCCGUCUUUCUUCCCUCGGUUCACCAUUCUGAGGGGCUCCAUCACAGAGAGCAGAGGCUCUGCAACAGAAGGACUAAAGAGGCCUAGAAGACUAUUAAACCACUACUGCCUAGUGCAUUCCCUUAGGUAAAUUGGUUUCAUGAACAAAGGGAUAAACACAAAAUCACCCUAGGAGGAACUGCCAUGACUGGCUGUUACAUCGCCUCCCACUCAGACUGGAAAAGGACGAAAAGGAACAGAACAGCUGGGAAAGGAUGCCGCAAGGUUGGAGAUGAAAAGGGCUUUUUUCAGUGAUUGUGAAAUACCUUGUGGCUCAGGGGAAUGCGUCCAAAAUGCGGAUCAUCUCUGAUAAGGAACAUUCAGUGGACAUGAGUCACGUCUGUACAGACUGUCCAGCUGCCUGGUGAGCUCAGCAAAGGUGUCCAGGACCAGAAGUUCCAGAUUUGCGUGCUCUACCAGGGACUUAUUUCUAUGCCUUACUAUCACUGGCUUAAACUUAAACAUCAAAGUAAAAAAAAACAUCUCCAACAAAUAUCACUUAUAGAUAGACCUAUUUGUAAUCAUUUACAUGUGACCCAUUUUUAUAGCUGGAUAUUUACUGAGGCAAUUCUGGGUUAAGUAGUGGGCUCCCAAGUGGCUCAGUCGGUAAAAGCACCCGUUCUGAGUGUAGACUGAGCGCUACGGCCUGGGUUUGAACCCGACUGUGUCACUAGCCGACAGUGACUAGGAGCUCACAGGCAGAACACAUUGGCUUUGUUCCGCUGGGGAUAGGGGUGGGUACGUCGGCAGGGGCUUUGGUCCCAUUGGCAACAGCGACCCUUACUGGUCGAUUGGGCGCCUGUGGUCCACGUGCCAAAGCUGCAUGUCUUCCUCUGACUCAUCUCUGUGCUAGU